UGCUGGCCAUGCGCCUCAGGCUGGAGAACACGCCUUGACGCUGACCUGCUCACGAUGCUUUUUCCCUCCAGGAAUACAUCUCGUGCAGAAUUUCCCCCUCCUGACUCCCUACCACCUUAGACAUCCACUAAACACACUUCCUCCUCCUCAACUCAGCUAUUCAAAAUGGCACCUGAGUCCGCGAGCGCCAUGGCGGGCCAGGCCAGACAGCGCUUUCAAGAGACUGAAGAAGAUCGCAUUACUCGAGAAUCUGGAAAGUUCCCUGACUUUGAGAAAACUAUGCCUGCCCUCAUGCACCGGUUCCAAUUCUCCCUCAAGGAUAACCUGUCUUCCUACCUUGGAUCGCACAACCCCUUCUACAAAUACGUCGACCCGGAGAAGGAUCUCGUAUGGCUAUUCGACAGUACCGGUUACAAGGACCGACUGGGGCUGUGGAGCACCGAGGUUGUUGCGGCAUACUUUGUGAAGAACAGCGGCAAAGACUUGGGAGAAGUCGUCGCGUGGAUCAGCGAGCAGGUUGGGCUUGCAGACGAUGACCAGGCAAAGGCUACCAUUGCCAAGAGGGUUCAGCCUCUCCUGGACUCGAUUCUCCCAGCCCACGCUGUGAAGAUCGAGCUGCAGGGCGUUCCGACACAACUUGGCCCCAGCGGCCGAGAUGGCAUCAGCACCGAUUCUUUGACUAUCCCUGGACAGAACAUUUUCCAUGUCGACAAGAAAGAGGGCCAAGUCGCCAACGCGAAGCCAAUCAACGUCGAUGGAAUGGCCAUGAGAAUCAACCUUGUGACUCCAACUGGAUGGGCCAUCAUCAGCGACAUCGACGAUACCAUUAAGAAGACCCUGACCUCUUCGCCCAUUGGUAUCCUGAAAACAACCUUCACCGAUGAGCCAGAGCCGAUCCAAGGCAUGCCCGAGUUCUACAAGCACAUCGCUCAGACGCUCAACAACCCACCUUUCUGGUAUCUCUCUGCCUCGCCCUACAAUUUAUAUCCCUUCCUACGCGAGUUUAGGGAUGCUUAUUACCCUGCUGGAACUAUGGUCUUGCGCGAUGCGUCCUGGAUGAAUCUCGCUGGAUUUCUGGAAAACCUCACGCGAGGAACGCAAGCAUACAAGGUGGGAGCCAUGCAAAAGAUCCACGCAUCCUUCCCCAAGCGCAAGUUCAUAUGCAUUGGGGACAGCACCCAAUCUGAUCCCGAGGCAUACGGCGAAAUGUAUCGCAAGUACUCCAAGUGGAUCGGUGCGAUCUAUAUUCGGAAGGUUACUGGAGUCUCGGAGAUGGAUGAGGACAAGAAGAAUGAUCCAGAGAGGUUCGAGAAGGCCUUCAAAGACGUACCAAAUAAUAUCUGGUGCGUCUUUGAAGAUCCAAAGGAAUUGUAUUCCAAAGUAGAGGCACUUCAGCGUGUGGGCUCAUAGAAUUGAUAAGACGCGGAUUGACUUUUUACUUCAUUAUUUGACUGGGCAGAUGAUAUCAGCGUUUGUUAACUUGAGGUGGUUAUAUAGUGCCAGGCAUAUCUUGUCCCUCAGUAAUGAUUCCUGUGGCUUCAC